CCAAUCUGAUCCGAAUAGCUUAUUCUCAUUUCCUUUUAAUUUUAUCGAAAGGAACGGAGAAUUGCUUCCGAGGUUGACUUUGUUCGUCGUUGAGAUCGAUUUGAAAUUUCCCUCUGUCGUAGCAUCCGAUUGAAAGGGGAAUCAAUCAUCGAUACUUCCAAUAGCGAGCAAAGCGAGCGAAUAUAUGGCGUGCAUUGUAAAUUUCCCAGCACUUACAAAUCCCAAUCAGCCUCAUGCUUCUUCUACCCUGUCGCCUGUUCGCUGCUCUGCGAACUUGUCUAAGUCUCUUGCUUCCCAGCUUUCUUUCGUUUCUUCCUUUGAUCAUGGAUUUGGCUCUGAUGCCUCAAUUAGAUUUCACUUGAAGAAGUCUCCGACGAUGAAGGCUUUCAAUUCUGCGGUAUGUGGAGGUUCUCAUAUUGUUGCAUCUGUAAAGCUUGAGCCGCCGAAGAUUAUGAUUUCUGGUGCUCCUGCAUCAGGUAAAGGAACACAAUGCGAGCUUAUCACCAAGAAGUAUGGUUUGGUGCAUGUGGCUGCUGGAGACUUACUUAGGGCAGAAAUUGCAACAGGAAGUGAAAAUGGAAAGCGAGCAAAAGAAUAUAUGGAGAAAGGACAAUUGGUCCCAGAUGAAAUAGUUGUCAUGAUGGUCAAGGAUCGUCUCUUCAAGCCAGACUCUAAAGAGAAUGGUUGGCUUUUGGAUGGAUACCCCAGGAGCUUAUCACAGGCAACUGCAUUCAAGAAAUUUGGGUUUGAGCCAGAUCUUUUUAUUCUUCUAGAGGUCUCUGAAGAUGUUCUCGUGGAGAGAGUAGUUGGACGAAGAUUAGAUCCUGUUACUGGAAAGAUAUAUCAUUUGAAGUACUCUCCCCCAGAGAAUGAGGAAAUUGCAGCAAGGCUUACCCAACGUUUUGAUGAUACUGAAGAGAAGGUUAAGUUGCGAUUGCAGACCCACCAUCAAAACGUAGAGGCAGUCCUUUCUAUGUAUGAAAAUAUAACCGUUAAGAUUAAUGGAAAUGUCUCCAAGGAGGAAGUAUUUGCUCAAAUUGAUAGCGCAAUUACAAAUUUGUUAGAACAGAGGAAGGCUGCUUCGGGAUCCAUGGCAGCAUAGGGAUAACAAGGGACUACUUGCUAGGAAUGUAGUUUCUAAGCAACAAAUAUUACAAGGGGAUAAGAAAGCCUUCGCGAAAAGUAAAACGCAUUUUCUGGACUCACUAAGUUGCUGAAAGAUGGACCUGCUCAAGUAUGUUUCACUUUAUUCUCUGGCAAAGCAUUAUGAUAUUGUAAUAGGAUAGGCAUGUUAUAUGUUCAAAAUAGCGUUGAAUGGAGGAUUUGGUGAAAUGUUAUUUGUUGAUUCAUGCUAGAGAAACACCUUAAAACCCAUAAAUUUUAUAUUCUUUGAUCAUAUUAUUCGCUUUGAUGUAGGAAUAUAAUAAUGGAUACGGAGAUUAUUCACAAAAUAC